CUGCUUUUUUUCCGCCUCUCUACAGAUGCAGUAGCAGGCAGGACUGCUCGGUGUAAUAAGAUAAAUAUACUAUGUAGAAAUAUUCCUCAACUUUUUUUUGAAAAAAAAGCUUUACAUACCUGGGGACGAGAAGAGGAGACGCUUUUCUCCCUCGUAUAAUCCAGAAGACUUGAGCUUGUGUUUACCACAAACCAGAUUGCCAGCAAAAGGGGCAGGAUUUACACCGGGGGCGAAAAGACAGCAAACCGUCAGCGGGCAACUGAAAGCAGAAAUUGCACACACUGGAAAACCAACCCAGAAAGGAAACUGAGCCGACUCCGAGAGGGAAAUUGUUUUGUUUAGGUGGGGGAGGAGGAAAGAAAGCUGAGUCCCCCCAGGGGAGAGAAAAAUAAGAGAAAACGAGCAAGAAGACAUCCACUCCGUGGCAAGGCGAGGACACCAGCAGGACUAGGAGGGAGAGAGCAAUUAAAUAGAGCGAGAAGAGCCGGCGCCGCCUCCAUUUCUCACCUUCGUGAUAUUGAUUUCUGCUUUACAUUCCCGGACAGAGGAACAACGACCCAAAAAAAAAACCCACGGGCCAUCCCGAGCCAUUUUAAAAAGGAAGGAAUUGCUGAAAAGAUAUUCUCUCUCUCUCUGCCCCCCCCACGAACUGAGAGGGUCUCCGGGGCCGGGCCUUGGCCCUGCCUUGCCUAGCCUAGCCCAGCCCAGCCCAUCCCAUUCCAGCCCUGCCCAGGGAGGAGGGACCGAGAGAGAGAGAGAGAGAGCCGGGUCCCCGGUCUAUGCCCAUCCCUCGGCGACAGAGGAAGCCCUGCUCUCCCGCGGCCGAGCCCAGCCUGUAGCCACCCCCAAACUCGGCCAGCCGCCUUCCCCUGGCGGCGGGGGAGGGGGAGGAGAGGAGGUUUUACGGGGGAGGGGGGCGGAAAACAAACCGAAGCGGCAGGGAGUGUCGACAGUGAAGGAAAACGGGCGGCCUUGGAUCUGACUGGAUUUCAGUAGCGGCCAAGCGGGAUUAUUCACUAAUAAUUUUCACCCGAUCUGAGCUGGAUCUUCCCCUCCAUCUUUUAUUAUUUGGGCGGCGACUAAGGGUGUAGAAGUGUUGGGGGGGAGGGAGAGAGGGCUGUAGUUGACAGGAAAAGUUGUCCCUGGGGGGUUCGGGGCCCUUUCUCACGGCUUUGACGGGGAGCCGGGGGCCCGGCGCUGUGCCCUCGGUGGGUCCGGGGCCUAGCGGCUGACGGCGGAGCGGGAGGCCCGGCCUUCGCUCUCUUCCUCCCCUCACGCUCACUCCCUGCCUCGCCGUUGCCUUGAGGGGGAGGGGGGCUGGGGGGUGUGCGCGCGAGCGAGCGUGAGUGAGUGUGUGUGUCGUCCCGGCGCUGAAGGGGUGGCUGUGCAGCGGGGGCCCGGCGGUUGCUGCUGGCCGCUCGUCUCUCGGAUGACCAUGGGGUGUUUGGGGAACAGCAAGACCGAGGAUCAGAGAAACGAGGAGAAGGCGCAGCGCGAAGCCAAUAAGAAGAUCGAGAAGCAGCUGCAGAAGGACAAGCAGAUCUACCGGGCGACACACCGGCUCCUGCUGCUGGGAGCUGGUGAAUCCGGUAAAAGCACUAUCGUCAAGCAGAUGCGAAUUUUACACGUCAAUGGAUUUCAUGCCGAUGAGAAAAAACGGAAAAUUCAAGAUAUUAAAAAUAAUAUUAAAGAAGCUAUAGAGACCAUAGUGGGUGCAAUGAAUACGCUUGUACCACCAGUCCCAUUAGCCAAUCCAGAGAAUCAGUUUCGAUUGGAGUACAUUCUAAACUUAGCGAAUCAGAAAAACUUCGAAUUUACACCGGAGUUCUAUGAACAUACAACGAUACUCUGGCAGGAUGAAGGUGUGAAAGCAUGCUACGAGAGGUCGAAUGAAUAUCAGCUCAUUGAUUGCGCACACUACUUUCUAGACAGGAUUGAUAUAGUCAAACAAAAUGACUACAUACCUCCAGACCAGGAUCUUCUGCGAUGCAGAGUUUUGACAUCGGGAAUUUUUGAGACGAGGUUUCAAGUUGAAAAAGUAAACUUUCACAUGUUUGAUGUCGGAGGGCAACGAGACGAGCGCAGGAAAUGGAUUCAGUGUUUCAAUGAUGUCACUGCUAUUAUAUUUGUGGUGGCAAGCAGUAGUUACAACAUGGUUAUACGGGAAGACAAUCAGACCAAUCGUCUCCAAGAAGCUCUUAAUUUGUUCAAAAGCAUCUGGAACAACAGGUGGCUGCGGACCAUUUCUGUAAUUCUCUUCCUAAAUAAGCAGGAUUUACUGGCAGAGAAAGUAUUGGCAGGAAAAUCUAAAAUUGAGGACUACUUUCCCGAGUUUGCUCGUUACACUACACCUGAUGAUGCAUCACCAGAGCCUGACGAAGAUCCAAGGGUCACAAGAGCUAAGUACUUCAUCAGAGAUGAGUUCCUGAGAAUCAGCACAGCAAGCGGCGAUGGGAGGCACUACUGCUACCCUCAUUUCACAUGUGCAGUGGAUACCGAAAAUAUUCGCAGGGUGUUCAAUGACUGUCGGGACAUUAUUCAACGUAUGCACCUUCGUCAGUAUGAAUUAUUGUGAUGGAGAGCACUUGUCUUUGUGUAUUGGACUCUUUAUUCCUCAUUUAACUAGCCCACACAAGUGGAAGAGAACUGGUGCGAUCUCUCUCCGAAUGCACCCCUCCACUUUUCUCCCUGUCGGACAACAGCAGAACUUCUUGCUUGCCUCUGUCCCCUGGACAGUGUGAGAUGGCAUCACCUAAAUGCCCAUUUACAUGUGGGUUUUCCUACUACUUUAACAAAAUCGAAAAACGUAACCAAAUGCCCUGGACAAGGAGUACUUGAAGGAGUAGAAAACAAAACUAAAUCAAAAACCCACACAAAUUGGGGAAAAAUUGUUCCAGGGUAAUCAUCACUGAUGUGGGCUUAUAAUACCGUUCCUGUAUCCAUUCACAGCAACAGAAAAUGCGAAGGUGCCAAGUCCAAGCUGAAGACUAGACCUCUGAUGUAUUCCAAGCCUGACAAGGUGUGGAAUGGACAUGCUGAAUCCCUGCAGAUCCAAAUAGUGCAAAAAAAGAAAUCUGAUAGAGCCUCGCUGGUUUUUAAGAGGGGCGUUUUUAACAAAAAAAAAUAAAGUCUGGCAGUCCUUGGACCUAGAACGUGAUGAACUGCUUUUGGCCUGUGAUUGUAGAAAGAAUUAACCACACACACUGUUUUAGUUCUCCACAGAUGAAUCUUUCAGCUUUGUUCGUUCACUGGACUUCAGUCCAAUUUAUUUCUUUCCUGUCUAUUCUGGCUUCCCCUCUUCCCUUCCCUCUAUUUUUGUUUAUUUUACUUAUGGAUUAUUAUUCUUGUACAGACUGUAAAAUGUAUUAUUUUGUACAACUUUAUUGAAAAUAACUUGUAGAAGAUCUUUGUGCCUUGAUUAUGGCUGUACCUGUAAAAUGAGCUAAGAUGUAAGUAUGUUUGAUUGCGCUGUACAGCUUUGUCAGCCCUAUCUGCAGCAUUAGCUCAAGGUAGGGAAUUUAUCUGUAGUUUAGUUUUUUUUCUGGUUUAUAAAAGAAGGAAAAAUGCUGUUUAGUAUAUUAAAAAAAGUACAGAAUUGUGCAAAUUAACCACUUAAGAGGUGAGGUCUUUAACAAGUGACCAGACAUUGCAGCAUCAUUUGCUUUUUUUUUAAUUUUAGCUUUAACUCAUUUCAGUCUAUCCAGAUGCAAACAUGGCUUGUUUCUACAUAAACCAAAUUUUGCUACAAAUUAUAAA